AUGACAGUGCAAGAAAGAAACAAAAGCCAGAUAUCAAAACAACGAAGAAUGCCUUCUCUCCUUUCAUUUCCAGCUUUCACAUCUCUCUCUCUUUCCUUACUUCUCACCAUUUCAAUCUCUCUACAGAUUCCUCCAUCAAAGAAAACCUUCAUAGUUCUUGUGGAUUCAGAUUCCAAACCUUCUCCUUUCAUUUCUCACCAUCACUGGUAUUCUUCUCUGAUCUCUCCUCCACCUCCUCCUUUCAUUCAUAUCUACACCACUCUCUUUCAUGGAUUCUCAGCUAAUCUGGCCUCCCACCAAUCAGACCAUAUCAAAAAAUCACCUGGGGUCCUCGCCAUCUUCCCUGACUCAAUCCUCAACCUCCACACCACACGAUCUCCAGGCUUCCUGGGCCUCAACAAUCCCAACUCUUCAAUAUCAAGAUUAUCCAACGGUGGGGAUGAUACCAUCAUUGGAAUUCUCGAUACCGGAAUCUGGCCAGAGAGGAAGAGCUUCACCGACUACGGCAUGGGGCCUAUGCCACCACGCUGGCGUGGGGAAUGCAUGGAAGGUAACCGGUUCAACCGGUCAAGCUGCAACCGGAAGCUGAUAGGCGCGAGGUUCUUCGCAGGAGGAUACAAUGCAUCACCGGUGGGGCCCGUUAAUGAUACGGCCGAGUUCCGGUCACCGAGAGAUUCAAAUGGGCAUGGGACCCAUGUCGCAUCCAUCGCUGCUGGGGCCCACGUCGCUGGAGCUAGCUUCCGGAGCUUCGCUCGAGGAACUGCGAAAGGGAUGGCGCCGAAGGCGAGAAUUGCUAUUUACAAGGUGUGUUGGGAUUCGGGAUGCUUGUUAUCGGACGUCUGUAAGGCAAUGGAAGAAGCAAUAUCAGACGGUGUAGAUAUCAUCUCAAUAUCAUUAGGAUUAUCUUCUCCCUUGCCAUUCUAUCUCGACCUCUUUGCAAUUGCAUCGUUUCGAGCAUUCCAGAAAGGCAUAUUCAUCUCCGUUUCGGCGGGAAAUGAAGGUCCAUAUCAGGCCAGCAUGGCUAAUUCUCCUCCUUGGAUCAUGACCGUCGGUGCAGGAACGAUUGAUAGAGAUUUCCCAGCAACCAUCUCUCUCGGAAAUGGUAAUACCAUCCAUGGAGUAUCUCUAACUCCUCACGACGAACUCACUCGAUUACCUCACCCGCUUGUAAAAAUCUCUCCUCCUUUCUCUACCUUCUCUCCCCAAUCCAUGCAUGGGAGGAUCGUACUCUGCAUGGCUGUAGGACACGUACCGAGAAUUCCCAUCGGCGCUGCGAUGAAACGUGCCGGAGCGGUGGCCAUGAUCAUCAGUCAUGGAAAUCUAGACCCUAGAGGUGUAAUUACCGAAUCGCACGUGAUUCCAGCGAUUGUUGUAGGUGUUACCGAAGCGAAAUUCAUCGAUGACUAUAUCUCUUAUGGCAAAGAUCCAACGGCUGUUAUUGUAUCAGAUGGACUGGUUUCACCCCACAUCGAACCAGCACCGAUGGUUGUAUCGUUCUCUUCGAGAGGUCCUAACAUGGUGCUGCCAGAAAUUCUAAAGCCGGACUUAUUAGCGCCGGGGGUUAAUAUUCUCGGAGCAUGGACGGAUGUGAUUGCACCUCCAGAUGCAGCACUCGGCAUCCAACGGUUAGAAUUCAAUAUACUAUCUGGUACUUCUAUGGCAUGCCCACAUGUAUCAGGUGUGGCUGCACUGAUCAGAUCGGCCCACCAUGAAUGGAGCCCAAGUGAAAUCAAGUCAGCUCUAAUGACAACAGCUUCUCAGCACUGUAGCACCGCUCCGUUCCCGCCGAUCAUUGAUGAGUCUUCCGGUAAUGCUGCUAGUCCGUUCGAUAUUGGAGCAGGUCACCUGCAUCCAGUUAGAGCCGUCGAUCCGGGGCUUGUUUAUGAUGUGGGUCCCAAUGAUUUAGUGAAUUUUCUUUGUGGGUUGAAUUACACCGACGAGCAAAUGAAGAUAGUGACCGGAAAGAGGUUAUCGUGUGUGAAAGACGGCGUGGAUCGAGAGAUGAAUUAUCCAGCAUUCGUUGUGGUGAUGGAGGAGAUUGGGGUGGCUGGAGGUGUGUUUGAGAGGAGGUUGAAGAAGGUGAGUGAAGAUGAAGGGGUGGUGUAUUAUAGGGCUAAGGUGGUCGGGUUGGAAGGGUUUAGGGUUUGGGUGAAGCCCAGGAGGCUGAGGUUUUGUGGUGGGCCAGGGGAGAGUUUGGGUUUUAGAUUGGGUGUGGGGCUAGGGGAGAAAGGGAUGGACGGUGGAGAUGGGAUUGGGAGGAGUGGUUUGGCUUAUGGGGCAUUGAUAUGGAGGGAGGGAGGAGGAAAGCAUGUCGUUAGGAGUCCGAUUGUAGUUUUCUCAAAGAAACGUUUCAUGGGAUUUAAGAAAGUUUGA